AUGUUGACUGAACAGACAGCAAGCUUCAAGCGCUCUUCGACACUCAAAAACUGUCUUGCAGUAACCCCAUCGCAUAUUUUCGCUGCGCAGAGUGACAAGGCAGUUAUCAAUAUAUACAACAGAUCGAAACAAAAUUUAGAAUCUACAGUGCCAUUCCAAGAAAAGUUCACGGUCAUUGAAGCGAGCGGGGGAUCUGGAGCAUUUUUGGCUGGAGGAACCGACUCUGGACGGCUCACAAUUUGGGAGACUGCAACCGGACGAUUUAUCUCGACCCCUCAAAUACAUCUUCAAAAAGUAACAUGCAUCGCCUUCGACUUUAAUUCAAAUUUUGUCAUAACAGGUUCCGCAGACAGCAAUGUCUAUGUAUGGUCUCUGGCCUCCUUACUCGACAUUCGGAGUAGCGAGAGAAAGCCGGAGAGAAUCCUUGACCGUCAUCAGCGGGAAAUCACAGCUAUAUCACCUGGGAGAAUCGGUGCAGCGGGGCCAACUGAUAUUAUGGUCACUGCUUCAAAGGAUUCGUCUUGUAUAGUAUGGGACUAUCGCAAUGGUACUCACUUACGAACAUACAUACUUUCCUCUGUUCCUACAGCUUUAGCGCUUGAUCCUGUGGAUCGCGCUUUUUAUGCAGGCCUCGAGGAUGGAACAGUUCAAAGCGUGAGCUUUCACAGCAAUGCUGGCUCUGAUGAAACGAUGGAUACAUCUUCAAAUCAACUGUUCUCCGAACAGUUUCGGCAUGUUCCUGUGACACUUUCAGGGAAUCGUUGGCAUGCUACUGAUCAUGAAAGUCCUAUUACAUCAAUGGGUGUUGUUUACGAGGGAAACUAUCUCGUCACUGGGACCGAGAAAGGAACCGUCAGCAUCUGGGAUAUAGCCACGGGCCAUGUGUUCCGAACGCUGGCGCAAUUCAAAUCUUCUGUGACAACUAUCAAAAUUCUCCCUCCAAAUGGCUUUGUCCCAACUUCUUUUAAAGCCCAUGACACAAUCGAGCAAACAACAAUUAAAAAACCGCGUUAUGAUGCCGUUCUUGCAUCCGCUUCCACAAUUGUCGACCUGCAUAACUAUGCAUUAACAACCAAAUCAAAUGGGUUUAUUCAUGAAACCGUUUCAGCAUCUCUUGGCACCAAAAAUCCUACCCAGAUCUCAAAUUUCACGCCACUUUCGGACUCAGCGGUUGUUAUGAGAGGUAUGACAGAUAUGAGAGCAUAUACACCAUCCCUGGCAUCAAAACACAAAGUUGAAGCAUUGGAGAGUGAGUUGGCGAUGUUAUAUGACCAUUAUGACCGCCUGGCAGCGUUGCAUCGGGAUACUUGGGAUGGUCAUGCAAGGUGGCUACUAGAGAAUGCCAGUACUGCCAGUAACAGUAAUAAUGGUGCCUAG